GCUUAUCAAGUCAUCAAUUCCACCCUUUGGUGCUCUGUUUUAGCUCUUGCGAUUGUCAUGUUAUUCAUUCCAAAUGUUAGUUCCACCAAGCAAUCCAAGAAAGCACAAGGCUUGAAAAUGAAUGUUAUUGAUCAAUGCUGGAGAUUGGAUCCUGAAUGGAGGAAAAAUCGGACACAGCUUGCCACAUGCUCGGUGGGCUAUGCAGGGAAAAUGACAAACAACAUAGGAAAGGACCUCAUCUAUUAUGAAGUUACUGAUCCUAGUGACGACCCAAUAAACCCCAAACCUGGCACCUUGAGAUAUGGAGCUUCUAGGAUUCAUGGUAAAGUGUGGAUCACAUUCCAAAGAGACAUGCAAAUUAGGCUCGAGAGACCCCUCCUCAUUAGCAGUUUCACCACCAUUGAUGGUCGAGGCGUCGACGUUCACAUUGCUAACAAUGCAUGCUUGAUGAUUUAUAAGGCAAGCAACAUAAUCAUCCAUGGGAUUAGGAUUCAUCACUGCAGACCUCAAGCUCCUGGAAUGGUGAUGGAUCCUAAUGGAAAGGUAAUUCCUUUGGGUCAGGUAGAUGGAGAUGCAAUAAGAUUGGUCACGGCUUCAAAGAUUUGGAUUGAUCAUAACACGCUUUCUGAUUGCCAAGAUGGUCUUCUUGAUGUCACACGUGGUUCCACUGAUGUGACAGUCUCCAACAACUGGUUCAGGGAGCAAAACAAGGUUAUGCUUCUCGGGCAUGAUGAUGGGUACGUGAGAGACAAAAACAUGAAGGUCACUGUUGUGUACAACUAUUUUGGACCUGAUUGCCACCAGCGCAUGCCAAGAAUCCGUCAUGGGUAUGCUCAUGUUGCGAACAAUCUUUACAUGGGAUGGGUGCAAUAUGCCAUAGGUGGAAGCAAGGAACCUAGCCUCAAAAGCCAAGCGAACCUUUUCAUAGCACCAACCACAGGGAAUAAGGAGGUGACAUGGAGAAAAAGCAGUAAUGGAGUUGGAGACACAUGGGAAUUUUUUUCAGUGAGGGACGCUUUUGAAAACGGAGCAUCCUUCAUGGAAACAAAAGGUGGACAGGUAAAAAAGCCGAAUUAUAGCACUGAACAGAAGUUUGAAGUUGCUGAUGCCAAAUUGGUGAGAUCAUUGACAAUCUCAUCGGGCGUGUUACGAUGCAGUAAAACCUCUGUAUGUUGA